AUGUUCGAUCUGGACAUCGAACUCGACCCCUUGACCAAUAGAGUCUAUCUUGGAGAGUAUUACAACCUCUGCUUUGUCUUCCUCACCAAACCCUCCUCGUCAUUCGCCGAAUUUGUUUCCGGUAUAUACCAGGGCCUGGAACGCCUUUCGGAACAAUUCCCCUGGAUCACUGGCCAAGUCAAAAAUGACGGAUACACAAAGCAGGAAGACAAUAAAUACAGGAUCAUCCCGUUCCAAACGGCACCGCGCUUCCAAGUCGAGAACCAUCAAAAACCCUCCCAAUUUGAUUUUAGAAGUGUCGUAGACGAGGACUUUCCUAUGGCUUGGAUCAACGGGAAUGAUGUUCCCAUUCAGGAGUUUUCGCUGGACUCAGGACCCUUUCCUGUGAUGGAGUUAAAGUUCAUCAUCGAAAAAGGCGCUUCUGUCCUCACCAUCAGUGGGAAUAGCAAAGUCUUCGACAUGAUAAGCCUAUGUAUGAUCAUUCGAAUGCUGGCGAAAGCCUGUAGUCAGGAGUCAUUUACAUCCUUGGAGAUAUCGGGAAUGGAAAACCACGCAGCGUUUUUUCAUAAUGACAACAAGAUGCAAAGGCACGACAGGAUCCCUGUCAGAUUUGUGCCGGAUCUUCUGUUGCCUCAAACCACAUCGUUUCAGGAAAGAAAUAUUAAAUGGGCUUUAUUCUCUUUCGAUCAAGACGCUCUUCAGGACAUAAAGGACAUGAGCAUGAGUAGUGACAGCCUCUCACAAUACCUGGCGGAUACUGAUAAGGCUCUUACCGCUUUUGUAUUGAACCCUGACUAUAUGUUCCAACCCAACUGGUUUGUUUGGUGUCUCGUGUAUUUCAUGCCCCGAAGUGCGCAGAACGAAAUCACGGUGGCUGUAUCGUUGCGGCAGACGGAUCUGGAGAAGUUACUGGGACGUCAGAAUGGAAUGAAAGUGUGA